AUGUUGAAGAACAUGGUCAGCCUUAUCAAAUCCGAUGGUUACGUUAUAUUCGGCGGCUACGCUACGGUAUCCGCCAGCGCUGACCUAGUGGCGAAAUCGCGAGAAAUCAGAGGCUCUAUCAACAACAGCGACGUUGACGUUAUCGAAUGGUACGACUGCACCCUGCCAAUCAGCGAUAACAAAGAAGUAUUCAUAUUGGCCCUGAAGAAAGUGUAG